AUGUCCUCUGAAGCAGAGAGGAAACGGCGCGACGCCCUCGAUGCUCUCAAAAGAAAGAAGGUGUCCUCAUCCCGACCCCCCGUAUCUCGGUCUCCCAGUAUCGAAGCCCUCGACGAUCCAGACGUACUCGUUCCUCCGUCUUCACCUGGCCAGACGCCGGUUCAGCAGUCCAAAUACUUCGGUGGCAGCAGAGCUGCCAACGAUUCCAAGGAAGCGCCAGGCCAGAACGGGAACUCUGGUGGCAGUACCAGUCAGAAGAAAAACCCGAUAUCUCUUGCUGGCAGCCCCCAGGAUGUCCUGAGAGCAAUUCACGGUCACAAAUCCGCACAAGAGCCCAUCGUAGUUUCUCCCGGCUCACCCGAUACCCCGCAACCCCCUCGUCGAUUGAAACGCCGCUACGUCGACCCGGAUGAGGAGGAGUCUCCCAUGAAACCCUCACCACUUCCGGCCAGAAAUGGCUCCAGUUCGCGCGCUCCCAGCCUCGUGUUGGCCGCGCAAUUAGCCCAGAAUGGAGAGGAGGAGAAAAUGGGCAACAAGCUCAAGACUCAGUUCCCCCAUAUUCCCAGAUCAACCAUCCUCAGUUCCCUGCGCAAACACUCGAGCGAUUAUGACAAAGCUGUCCUGGAGAUCAGCCAAAUGAGCAGUGCCGUGAAAGAGCAACAAACGACCUCUGCCGGGCCUUCAUCCUCAUCCCUACAACGAAACUCAACCCCUAUCUCAGCUUCCGCUGUAUCCUCCGACCCUCUCCGCAACGGCUCAAAUCCCAAGAAGAACGAAAGCUCUACCAUCUACGACAGACGAAAGCGCGCGAAGCGAGAUGAUGGCUCUGAGGAUGAGUUUUCGGGAGGCGGGGAGAGUGACAGUGAUUUCUCAGACGAUGGAUCGAGAAAGAAGAGAAGGGGCGAGGACGACGAGGACGAGCUCGACGACGCACAGGAAGCAGCUUUACGUGCGUUCAACAAUGACACAGCGGACAGCAUAGCCGGCACCAUUGCUUGUAGACCCGAGCAAGCAACCAGCAUUAUCAAACACCGUCCAUACAACGACGUCGACGAAGUUCGCGAGAAACUUGGCAAAGCUCGGGGUGUUUCCUUCAAGCUCUUUGAGCAGUACUCGGAGAUCAUGGAAGGCUUUGUCCAGAUCGACAGCUGUCUCAAUCGAUGCGAUGCUAUCGCCCAGGAGGUGGCCCGUACACUGGCUGUAUGGAGAGGAGCCUCAGACAAGCAGGAUGGGAGUGUGGUGGGUACGCCCAAGGCCGAUAGCUUGAACGAUGUCAAGGUCGAUGUCGCCAAGGUGUCGGAGUUGUUGAAGAAUGAGACGGACAUGAAGAAGAAGAAGAUCUUGAAGCAGUACAUCCAGACACAACCUGCCCUGCUUAGCCCGGGGACGGUACUCAAGGACUACCAGCUUCUUGGUGUCAACUGGUUGAACCUGUUGUACUCGAAGAAGAUUGGCUGCAUUCUUGCAGAUGAGAUGGGUCUCGGCAAGACGAUUCAAGUCAUCGCAUUCAUCGCUGCCCUCAACGAGCGUAGUAUCGCCGGCCCUCACCUCAUCCUCGUCCCUGCUUCCACCCUCGAGAACUGGACUCGUGAAUUUAAACGCUUCGCUCCUUCCAUCGAUGUUCAGACGUACUAUGGCUCCCAAUCAGAGCGUGCCUCUCUGAGAAAUGAGCUCAAGCAGCAAUAUAGAGCUGGAGAGUUGGAAGUCGUGUUGGCGUCGUAUACGCAGAUGAGCUCGGCAGAUGACCUUUCUUUCUUUAGGAGAAAGAUUGAAUUCGAGACCUGCAUUUACGACGAAGGCCAUAAGCUGAAGAGUUGCACUACCAAGGCAUACACAGAUCUGCUUUCCAUCAAGCCGAAAUGGAGACUUCUCUUGACUGGUACUCCUCUCCAAAAUAACCUCCAGGAGCUCGUUUCUCUCCUCAUGUUUAUCCACAAAGAGACCUUCAACGACGCCGAACCCUAUCUCCGUGCCAUUUUCAAAUCCCAAGGCCACGCCUCUCUCCUCUCCCACACCCGAACCACCCGAGCCCGCACGAUGCUCACUCCCUUUGUUCUCCGUCGACGAAAAGCCACCGUACUCUCUCUACCUCCCAAAAUUGAGACUGUCGAACGAUGCGAGAUGACUGCCGCGCAAUCGAAACUCUACAAAGAGACGAUGCGCAAGUCGAAGAAGGUGUUGGGUGAAAUGAGUGAAGAGGCUUUGGAAGGGGCCGCAGAGGAUGUUGAUGCGGCGGGGGGCAAGAAACCGGCGGCGAAGAAGGGGGCAAAGCCCAAGAAGGCGAGUGGGCUGACCACGAGCGGGUCGAAUAUCUUGAUGGAUCUCAGAAAGGCGGCGAGUCACCCGCUGCUGUUUAGGAGACUGUAUGACGAUGCGAAGAUCAAGAAGCUUGCGAAGGAGUGUCUCAAUACGCCUUCGUAUUGCGAUAGUAAUCUUGACUAUGUCAUUGAAGAUCUGGAGUAUAUGAGCGACUUUGAGAUUUCCAACUUUUGCUCUUCGUCCGAGGAGGCGGAAUUGAGAAAGUACGCCCUCGACCCCAAAGUUUUCUUGGAAGGCGGCAAAAUCACUGCGCUCGUCGAUAUCAUCAACCGCUGCAAGGCUGACGGGAAGAGAAUACUGCUCUUCUCUCAAUUUGUGAUGAUUCUCGAUAUCCUUGAGAAAGCCCUCGACCACCUCGGCAUCCGCUACACCAGGCUGGACGGGCAGACCAAGACGGACGAACGUCAGGGGCUGGUAGAUGAGUUCAACGAGGAUACCGAGAUCACACUCUUCCUGUUGUCUACCAAGGCUGGUGGUGUCGGUAUCAAUUUGACUGCUGCCUCAGUCGUCGUGAUCUACGACCAAGACUUCAAUCCGCAUAACGAUCGUCAGGCUGCUGACCGAGCGUACCGUAUCGGCCAAGAACGGGAAGUCGAGGUUAUCAAGCUUGUCUCGAAAGGCUCCAUUGAUGAGGACAUGUUGGACAUUGGUCUUGCCAAGCUUCAGCUUGAUGACAUGGUCGGCGGUGAAGAGACCACCAAUGACGGCACUGACGCCGGUGGCGGAGACGACAAGACGGCCAAGGAGACGAGAAAGUCGCUGUUGACGCAGCUCAGAACCAAGUUUAAUGAUGUCGAGGGCACCGAGUCAUGA